GCUUCGGAUCUCUAUUCUCUUUGUUGUUCCAUAAUUCCGAUGGAAACUUAAACAGAAUUUGUGUCCAAUAAAAAGAAAUAAAUUAACAAUCAAAUACAGUAAAAUUUUAUACAUUGUAAUUUAGUUAAAUUACGUAAACCAUUUUCAAGCGUAAUCUGUCAAAAUUAGAACUCUCCAUUCAUUCAUUGUUGUUCGUUUUUACUGCUCUCCCUUUUUUGUUUAUUUUACAUUAUAUGUGUACAUACCUACAUAUGUAUGGUAUGUACAUUGUAUGUAAGUAAAUGCAACGAGACAGCAACUACAUCAAAUGUGAUUGACUCUCCGGGUGGGAUUUUGUGCAACUAUAUGUAAUUUUAUUAAAAAAUAUUUAAAGCUUUUUUGUGCUAAAUGAAUAACUAAAAGUAAAAAAUAAAAAUUAUAAUAAUUAAACUUCCAAUGAGAAUAUUUAUGACGAAGUUCUUAAAUCUAAAUCACAAUAAUAUUCUUUCAACUAAUGAUACAUACGAAAAUGCAUAUAGACAACAACAACAACAAUAAUACUACAUCAUAAUAAAAAAGUAAAAUUGAAUACAAAAAAUGGAAUAAAAUAAAAAUAACAACAAAAAAGUGCCUCAAUGUAUUGUACACGAAGAUUAGGAAAACAAGAAACAAUUUUCUCUUUAUGUCAGGAUAUAUAAAUUUUUGAAAGACGAAUAUAAAUUACAGCCGCACAAGAAUGGAAAAGGCCAAAGCAUAUAUAAAAAAUGAAUUAAAAAGUGCUAAUUCACAACAACUACAACAAUCGCAGCAGCAGCAUACUGAACAUUCAGUGGCAUCACUGGCACGUCCAACAUCAGCAAAUCAACAACAGCCGCCGCAGCAACAAUUUAACUUAAAUCAAUCUCAAUAUUUUCAACAUUCGCCACAUGGAGGCAUUAGGCAAGCUUCACCGCAACCCGUUCAAUUACGCCAGCAGACAGCAAGUACGGAUGGACAAGAUUUGAUUCCGUUGUGUUAUGUUUGCGGUGGUCAGGGUGGCUACGAACCAAUUAGGAUUAGGCCCAACUAUGACAGACCGUCCGAAUCGUACUUUCCAUUUUUGGAAAGACAUGAACCACCUGUGGGUGUACAGCAGGUGACAUCCAGUCAAAUGUACGUUAUGGCCUGUAACCUCUGUUAUCGUUCCCUUAAUGAACAAUGGGACGCAUACGAAAGGGAGAAAAAACCACAUAUACAACGAAUUUAUCAUAUGAAAAGGAUUGAUAACAAACCUUAUAUAGGCGCUGAUAUUGCAACACAAGGGGAAUAUGCCGCCCAGAUGUUAGGAUUAAGUGCAGAGCAUCUUGCUCAAUCUAGUAUGGGAUCAGAUAGUCAGCAAUAUUCCUCCCAAGUAUCAUACGGAUAUCAAAGAACUUCACGUGACCCUUCUAAUUACCGAAACGAAGCGCCUUAUCUUGUACAUCCUACAUCCUCCCAUCAACAGACGCACUCCGUACAGGGGGCCACUUCUAGAAAUUCGUCACCAUCUCCUGCACCGAAUAUGUCUCAAGAUUAUUAUGCAAGAAAUUCUCCCAUGUCAACAACGAGGAAUCCAAGUGAGAGACCACACUCUUUAAGCAGACCACAAUCCCGAGAAGGUGGUAAUCAUCAAAUAACUUCACCUUCCUCGAGACCGUCAAGUGUUCAGGGCAGUGCCUAUGAAACACUUAAUAUUAAACCAUCAUCCUAUGCCCAUCAUAAGCUUAAAUUAGGUCAACUCUCUUAUUCAAACUCGGUCAUACAUAACACAUAUGCCAAUGCACAACAACAACUUUCGACAGCGCAUUAUCCCUCACACAACUUUCAAAUGGAUCAUAUAGCUUCACAGCAGCAAUUGCAACAGCCAAGCCAUAAUUUUCAAAUAUUUAAACAAAACACUGCAAUGUCACCUAGUGACUCUCCGGCAGCUGCCCCACAAAGAACACCUUUGUCUAGUCCAUUCGGUGCAGACUACUUAGCGUCUCGCGAAACAGAAGAUGUCUUAGAUUUGCGUAAUACGUCAAAUAUAAGAUCGUCCAUGACACCAAAAACGCCUACUCCAAUUGCUACACCAACUCCUAUCAACUCUACAGUUCCCUCAACUUCGCAGGUGAACAGUAACCAAUCAAGUACGUCUAUGGAAGUUGGAAUAUUAGAUCUUUCCAUGCCUGACAAGAACUCGACCACAGAAGUCUGCUACGCCUGUGGUGAUGAACAGAGGCGGGGCAGCUUGAUAGAAAUCAGUACCCUUAAAUCAAAGGAUGAUAAAAUAGAUCGUCCAUAUUUUCCAAUUUUCUACGACAUGCAUCCACGACCGGCCCGUUCACGACCCAUGGAUCCCAGAGGUAUGAUACAGGCCUGUAACUUGUGUUAUGAACAUUUAAUAAAACAAUGGCAUCAUUACAAGACUAAUCAAAUUCCGGAGAAUGAACGUAAUUACUAUUUACGUAAAAAACCAGCAUCAGCAGUGGAACGUGCAAAGUUUGUUUGCUAUACAUGUGGUGUCGAUACACCAUCAUCACAAUUAAGACUUGUUUAUUGUUGUCCUAAUGCAGAACGAGAACCAUACUAUCCAUUUAUACAAACAAUGACAGCUUACAAAAAUGCAAGUCCAAUAAGUCCCCAAGGAAUGGUGCAAAUUUGCUUUACUUGCUAUGAAAAACACUCUAGUCGCGCAGAGGGAAUUCAACAUUCAUCAUUAGUUGCUUCGUCUGCAGAAAAGCCAUCUGAAAAUAAUUCCAAUCAUUCGUCCACGCAUCAGCCACGAGAUAUAAAAACGUUAAGAAACAAUGAUUCACGACCAACAACACCCACACUUCAAGUGGGAGGAACACAACAACAACAACUGCAGCCUCAAAUUGAAAAUGGACAUGGACAAUAUCCAUGUUACAUAUGCAAAACUUUAUGCGCUUCCAAUAAAAUGGAGUGGUUAUCCACAAGUGCUGAGCACAUGAAUUCCCACGCUAUGCAUUUUCCUUGUCUUAAAGGCAACACAAGUUCGAAUUCAAAUAAUAGUAAUAAUAAUGGACGUGAUAACAAUAUAAGCAGUAGCAGCGGGCCUGCCGUUAAUAAUGAUCCAAAUGGCAAUAGAGUGUUGGCGUGUAAAGAUUGUGUGAAUCAUUUGGCGCGCCAGUGGGAGUCUAUGGAUGCAGAGAGAGUACCAUUAGAACAUAGAAGAUACGACAUUCCUUCUCCAGUCAUUACCUCUUCAUCACCAAAUGGCUCAAGGCAUGGAGGUUUGAGUAUUAAUACCCCGCCAUCUACACCAUCGGUUUCUUCAACACCAGCUACGUCCACAUCAAUUUAUUGUUUUUUAUGUGGUUUACAUUCAGAUUUAACCUUGGCUAGAGUUUUAUAUGCCAGUAAAGAGGGCUCGAGACCAUAUUUUCCUUUUUUACUAAAACACAGUUCCUUGCCAAAAGCUGAGCAGUUACGACCAGAUUAUUCAGCCUAUGUUUGUACCUUUUGCUAUCAUUCCCUACUGAAACAGUGGCGAAAAUUUGAAUCGCAAAAUCCUUCAAUAAAUGCAGUAGAUCGGAAAUAUAAUUGGCACGAUUAUAUUUGUCAUUUGUGUGGCAUAACCACUUAUAGAAAAAGGGUUAGAGCUUUGCCUGUUAAUGAAUUUCCAUUUGUAAAAAAUCGAAAAAGUGAAGAUGGCCUGUUAUUAGAAAAUGGCGAAUAUGCCGUUGUCUGUUUAGAUUGUUAUGAAUCUUUAAGGCAACAAGCUUCACAACAUGAUCGUUUUGGUGUACCAAUAUCUAAACGUGCAUAUAAUUGGGUUCCACAGCCACCACCACCAGAAGAUAGUCCAGAUGUGGCAGUCGCGCGUUUACCUUGUGGCGAACGUUCAGACAGAGUUCCAAUUAACACUGCCAUGAGACCAGUUGCCUCAGCUAAAAAGAAUAGUUCACCCAAACUAUAUGACAAGUCUAGAGAUGUGCCACCUAAAACCACCCAGAAACGACCAGCUACUAGCCCAGCUCCUGUAGUGCCCACACCGCACCACUUACAAUCUCCGUCAACGCCAUCAGUCUCAGCUGGCAAUGCGACAAAUGUUGCACAAUCACAGUCAUCCGCAGCAAAUAUAAAUCAUAAUUUAGCUAGCAAUCACCUUGGAGCUCAUUCACCUUCUUUGACCCAACAACAACAACAUCAGGCACAUCAACAUGCUGUUGCUGCGGCUGCAGCUGCUGUGCAAGUUCAGCAGCAAUUGGCAAGUGUGCCAGGAUCUUUAAAUAGCGCUGCAUCGCAAGCUCGUGGACCUUUUGCAUCAGCGUUACGGAAUCUUGCGAAGCAAGCAGAUAUUAAGGAGGAAGAGGAGGUUUCUUCACGAGAGAGAAGCGAACGUAACGCAGCACCAGCUGUAGCAGCCCCCAGUCUAGGUGGAACUAGUACGAACGUUUCAAUUUCUUCAAAUCCAAAUAUUAAUAGUAGAACUUCAAUUUCAAAUGAACGAAUUGGAAGUUCAUCGUUGCCGCAGACUGUAACUAAUGAUGAUCGUUCAUCAGUAGCUAAAAAGCGUUCAGCACCCUCACCACAGCCAGCUGAGAAGAUAGCUCGUCUUAAUUCCCAAACCAGUUCUGGUAUACAACCAGAGUUAUUGGCUAGAAGUGGAUUCCAACCAUACCGGUCAGAUGAAAGACUAAUACAUCCUGCUGGUGCUUUUCCUUUGGACGCUUAUUCUCCAUUUGCAGGAAUAACAGGCAUGCCACCAGGCGCCUUCUUAAAUCCAGCUGGUCUACCUUACACAGAUCAAAUGUAUUUGGACCAGCGUUUUCAAUUACUAAGAGCAGCAGGUGCACAUCCUUCCCAUCCUCAUGCUGCUCUGUAUCCUCCAAUGGCAUCCCCGUACGCUUCUCAUUUGUAUUCUAUGAUUCCUAGUGCUGCUUUGGGACUUGGUCCUAGUUUACAUGACCGUAUAAAAUUAGAGGAAGAGCAUAGAGCUCGGAUAGCUCGAGAGGAGGAACGCGAACGAGAGAUUCAACGAGAAAAAGAAAGAGAAAUUCGCGAAUUGCGAGAGCAGAGGGAAAGAGAACAGCGCGAAAAGGAGCAAAGGGAACGUGAGCAGCGGGAAAAAGAACAAAGAGAAAAGGAGCUGAAGGAAAAAGAGGCAAGAGAAAGAGAAAUGCGCGAGAAAGAGAGGGAGGCUAGAGAAAGAGAACGCCAACAAUUAAUAUCUGCUUCACAUCACUAUUCGAAUCCCUUGUAUCCACUGGGCAGAAAUAUUCUUGGAUCUAUGAUACCACAUUUGAAUUUAGGACUGCGAGCACCUCCUUCAGGACUUCAGGCCUGCAUCUCAACCAUGUCUCCCUAUCAUGUAACUAACCAAAGACAAAGUCCUCAUGGGGCAAUGGGUUUAAACUUAGGUUUGCCCGGAUUACCCGGAGUCUCUCCACUAUCCCACGUGCCCUCUAAUAUGCCGCAUCAUCUGCAACAAGCUGCACUGGGUCUAACUCAUCCCGGAUUCUCAGCUGCAGCUUUAGGUUUAGCCCACCACAGUAUGAACUUGACCCAUCCACAUAUGUCUCCACAUCAUCCUACGAUAACGUCCACCCAUCAACUGGCACCUCACUCUACUGCAAUGCUCACAACUUCCGCAGGAUCUUCUCCACAUGGGAACCUAAACGUUGUUAGUUCGAGCACUUCAAUAUCAGCCAGACAGUCAGAGUCAAAUAUGAUAACUUCUUCAGCUCCUACCGUUCAGGCUAGCGGAAGUAUAGUCCAACCAACGACAUCGUUAUCCACUCAUAUGUCUCCAAUGAGUAGUUCACUAUACUACAGUCAUCACCCCAGUCAUUUAGCAGCCAUGCAUGCAGCAGCCACAGGUUCUUUGUCAGCAGCAUCAAAUCAAAAUAGCGCAUCAUUGCAGAUUCCAAUGUCAGGAUCCGUAAACCCAUUGUCAUUUUCCAGUGCCGUUAUGCCGGGAAAAAUAACAACAUCCACAGCAGUGUCAUCCGGCAGUGCCCAAAAUGGAAGCCUUAACAAUAGAACAUCACAUAGCCCACACGCUAUGCGGCACCACAUAGCAAAUGUCGUACCACAAGCAACAGCAAUGGAUAAGCCGAAUUCAACGAGCAUCUCUAACUCUAUACACGAACCAACAACAUUGGACUUAACUGGAUCUAAUUCAAAUUCAAGCAAUCAUGCCCCUUCAACUGUCAGCAAUACGGAAUCGGUGCGAGCUACAAAUCUUCAAAUACCUUCAAACGAAGUAAACGGAGUAGAUAACAGCAACGAUGCCGCAAAAGAGCAGGAGGAUUCUUCAAAGGCAGAGAUGCAUUUAAAUGAAAAGAAACCACCGUCUUCACCAACAACGACAACGGCCAUAACCAACACACCAUGCAGUGGCAACAAAGAAUUGUCAGAAGCUGAUCAGCAACCUAGUCCUAGUACAACUGAUGUAAAAAACCGCCGGCACAGCAGCCCCGGCCAAGAUACUGAACCUAAACAUGCGAUGAUUACGGUGAACAAUUUCUCCAGCAGUAAUGCUAACAGCAUCGUCACCACGGAAGAUACAUCCACCUUAUGACAUCAUCUAUUCAAAAAUAUAAAUAAUUAGUCGAAAUAAGAAAAUAAUAAAGAAAUAAAUUGUACAGAUAUUAAGAAUUCCACACGUACUACAUACAUAUACAUAUUUUCACUUAAUACAUUUAAAAGAAAAUAGCAACUAACAUAAUUUAUUGUUUUGUUUGAUCUACGGUACAGUUCUGUAAACUGAAAUUUGAUCAGAAAUACAUUUUUUUUAAUUUCGACUGUUUGAAUUUUUUAAUAAAAAUACCCAGCAAAAAUUGUAUUAGUUCAUGACCAAUAAUAUUUGUUUGAAAUUGUCACCUUCAGAACUGGUUUUGAGGAAAAGUUAUGAAUUCAAGGCACAUUAUUUGGAACGGUUCUGGAACUAGUUCUUAAAUCAAUGAUUUUUGUUCAAAAUUGCGAAAAUUUUGCUGGGUAUAGUUAUUUUUUUAAUGUAUUGAAUGGUUGAAUAUCACAGAUCUCACAACAAUCUUUAAGGAGCUCAUAUUGACUUAGUUGUUUGAAUUGUGUGUAUUUAUAAUAAUUAUGAUUUUUGUUCGAAAUUGUCAAAUUUGUACUGGGUAUAGGUUUUAUUCUUUUUAAAUGUAUUCAAUGGUUGAAUAUCACAGAUCUCGCAACAAUCUUUAAGGAGCUCAUAUUGAUUUAGUUGGUUUGAAUUGUGUGUAUUUAUAAUAAAUAUACUUGAUUUCGAAAAGUUUCAUUUUAACAAUUUCGUUUUUACAGAACAUGACCGAAUUCAAGUUUAAAGUAGUUCAGGACUUUGUUGUGUACAUAAAUAAUUGUUUUUUUUUAUUUCAGUUUAUGAUGGCAUUACAUAUGUACAUAUAUUUUUAAUCUUACAAGAUAAUCCACAUACCUACAUAGAUACAUACAUAUAAUAUAUGAAUGUUUUACUCGUAUCCUACAAUUUAUUUAAAAAUUAUUUUAAACCAAUAGUAAAAACAGUUAAGAAUAUUCACAUAAAUUUUAAUAAUUAAAAAAAAUACAUACACAUAUACAUACAUAGAUGUAUGUGCAUCCUAAAUAACUAUCAAAAUAUAUGUAAAUCAUUCACUUGGCCUUUUUUUUGAAAAAUUAAAUUGUACUAAAACUGUAAUUAUGACUAAAAAUGCCUUUUUUAAUGUACUUAUGUAUUUGUCAAUCAUAAUAUUCGGAUUGUGACAAUUGGAUGCCAAUAUUUUUUGUUUUUUUGGAACUAAUAUUAAAAGUACAUGAGCAAGGAGAAAAGCGCUACUCUUCACAUCCGAAAAAUAUGGAUUUUAAUUGUGUGUUAUAGGACUUUCUUAAUCAAAAAUAUUUUUAUUAAAAAACUUACUCUUUAAAUUAAAUUAAACAUUAGAUUUAAAAAAAUUGCAAGGAAAUAUUAAACACAUUUCAAUGCUAUUUUAAAAACUUUCACUUCUGGAAUGCAGUUAUGCACUUCUCACGUAUUCAAUACUCUAUUCAAUAAUUCUUAUAUACAUUCGCAGUAUAAAGGAACAAUUAUCUUCUGUAAAAAUAAUUUAAAACUAUUUACAGGUUUAAAGCAAGAAAAAAUAUUUUAAAGAUCCAAAUGUAAUUCGGUCUUCAACAUACAUCUACAACUACAUACAUUAAAUGGCAUUAAUAAGAAGAAUAUUAACAAAUAUUUUAGGUUAAAUAAAUUAAAUGUGAUUUAAAGAUUGAAAGAAGAUUAUAAAUUGAAUAAAAUAUUAAUAAGUAUUUGA